CACACAUGUCAUGUGCAGUUUUAUUUUUGGUGAACUGUAAGUUUUCGUCUCCCCUAAAACAUUCAGAAUGAGAGGAAUCGGUGGUGAACGACUCGCAAGACUCCAGGAGAAUGCUGCAAAUAUUCGAAAUAUCUGCAUUCUUGCACACGUGGAUCAUGGCAAAACCACAUUGGCCGACACUCUUAUAUCCAGCAAUGGCAUCAUAUCAUCGCGCAUGGCUGGGAAAUUACGCUACAUGGACAGUCGAAAAGACGAACAGCUACGAGGGAUUACAAUGAAGUCAAGUGCAAUAUCACUCCACUAUAACAAAGAUGAUCAGGAUUACUUGAUUAACUUGAUCGACUCCCCGGGUCAUGUGGACUUCUCCAGUGAAGUAUCCACGGCAACCAGACUCUGUGAUGGCGCCCUCAUUGUUGUUGAUGUAGUUGAAGGUGUUUGCCCACAGACCCACGUUGUCCUCCGUCAGGCCUGGCUGGAGCACAUCACGCCUUGUCUCGUCCUCAAUAAGAUCGACAGGCUCAUCUCGGAGCUCAAGUACACCCCACUGGAGGCUCAUCUCCGCCUCCAGCAGGUUCUGGAGCAGGUCAACGCCGUCGUCGGAAACCUGUUUGCAUCAGGAGUCCUCGAACAAGCAACGCAAAAGAAUGCAGAGAAAUCGUCACAGCCCUCAGACUCGCAAGGUUCGGAGUCGAAUGGCGAGAAGAUUCUCUACGAUUGGAGCGACGGUCUGGAAGAAACGGACGAUUCUAAUCUGUAUUUCUCACCGGACCAAGGCAAUGUCAUCUUUGCCAGCGCUAUCGACGGCUGGGGCUUUGGAAUUGAUCACUUUGCGGACAUGUACGCCACCAAGCUGGGGGUGAAAGUAGAGAUACUUCGCAAGACGUUGUGGGGAGAUUUCUUCCUAAACAGUAAAACGAAACGCAUCAUGAAAGGCGCUCAGGUCAAAGGGAAGAAACCAAUGUUCGUUCAGUUUAUUCUGGAGAACCUGUGGUCCGUGUAUGACACCGUUCUUGUCAAAAGGGAUAAAGACAAGAUGCAGAAGAUAAUCGGUUCAUUGAACCUGAAGAUUCCUGCGCGUGACUUACGUCAUAAUGAUUGCAGGGUACACCUACAGGCGAUCUGUGGACAGUGGCUCCCUCUAUCUGAAGCUCUUCUGGCCAUGGUUUGUCAGAAGUUACCGAGCCCUCUGGACAUUAAUCUUGAGAGGAUUGAGAAACUCAUGUGUGGUGGUUUUCGACGGUUCGACACACUGCCCCAACAAUCACAGCAACUCAAAUCGGCAUUUGAGCGUUGUAUCUCCGGAGAUGACGCUCCAGUUAUCGUCUACGUCUCUAAGAUGUUUGCCGUUGAGAACUUGAAUCUUCCAAAGAACAAACCAAAACCUCUUAGUGAUGAAGAACUUCAGAAGAGACAUCAGGAAGCUAAAGAGAGACACGCCCUCAAAGUUGCAAAUCAGAUGAGCAAUACAGCAGAAGAGCCUAACCCUGACAUCAUCAAAGUCGAUCCAUCCCAAAACGGCAUCCCCUUACAAGAUGUACAUGUAAACAAACCCCCUGAGGAAAAGGAGGAAGACGGGGACACGUUCCUGGCAUUUGCGCGUGUCUUCAGCGGGCGGAUACGUAAAGGACAGAAGCUGCUAGUCCUUGGUCCCAAGCACGAUCCGAUGACGGCUUUACUUAAGGGAGAUGGUGCAUCACAUUCCUGUGGAGAGGGCAUUUUUUCUGGGAGAAGUAUAAGCGAGUUUGUGGUGAAUGAUCUGUAUCUACUGAUGGGCAGAGAACUGGAGUUAAUGGACAGUGUACCAGCUGGUAAUGUCCUAGGUAUAGGAGGCCUUGAAGGCCACGUCUUGAAGUCAGCGACUGUGUCUAGCACGGUUGCCUGCCCUGCCUUCACCACGAUGACCUUCGAUGCAGCUCCAAUUGUGAGAGUUGCUGUUGAACCUAAACACUUAGCGGACAUGCCUGCCCUUGUAAAUGGCAUGAAGCUUCUCAACCAAUCAGAUCCCUGCGUUGAGGUUCUCAUACAAGAAACUGGUGAACAUGUGAUAGUGGCCGCCGGUGAGGUCCAUCUGGAACGAUGCCUUGAUGACUUGCGAGAAAGAUUUGCCAAGAUUGAGAUCAAAGUCUCCGAGCCGAUCGUUCCGUUCCGAGAGACCAUCAUCAUCCCUCCAAAGAUCGACAUGGUCAAUGAGGCAAUUGAUGAUAUCAACCAGGUCCAGCGAACCAGAUCUGCCAUGAGCGAACUUGAAAGUGAGAUCUCAAAAGACGGAUCCCUGACGAUCAAGACGGCAAACAAGUUGAGCACCUUCAAGUUGAGGGCGCUACCCUUACCCGAAGAGGUGACGAAACUCCUGGAUGAAAACACGGAACUCAUUAAGAUCCUGGACAGGAUUUCGGCAGCAUGGUUGGCGGGGAAGACAAGCGAGGAACAAGGUGGUGAGAAGCUCACGGCGGAAGCUUUAGCAAAACUACUUGAGUUCCGGGAUGAUUUGGAAACAGCCUUCGCAAAUGCUGGGAAGAAAUGGCGUGGGGCGGUGGAUAGAAUCUGGUCGUUCGGACCGAAGCACUGCGGACCGAACCUAUUGUUGAAUCGGAUUGACGGGUACGAUCGACCGACAAUAUGGCAGUGUCUGGGCGGGGAUGAAGGCGAUGUAUCUAGGGAUUGUGCCGCCCCGAGAGUGUUCGAUAACAGCGUCGUGAGCGGUUUUCAGAUCGCAACCUUCUCGGGACCUCUCUGCGAGGAACCCAUGAUGGGGGUGUGCUUCGCGAUCGAGAACUGGCUCAUCGAGGAAAGCACCGAGUCAAACAAAUUCACUUUUCCAGCCGACAAAGAUGUAAAUAAUAGAAUCAACAAUGGAGUAGAAACUCAGGAUACUGUCCCAAGGCAGUCUGAAAAUGUUGCAAUACCUGUGAGGAAUGUAGACUCUACGUCGAACAUCAUGCCAGAACUUUCUUCACCUGGUCUAGCCAAGAGUUUCGCUUCAGAUUGUAGUUCUCCACUUAUUGGAUCACCGGAUGUGAAUAGCGAGUUGAUGCCGCAUUUUACCAGCCGAGGUUACGGCCCGUUGUCUGGUCAGAUUAUAUCCACAGUGAAGGAGGGUUGCCGUAUUGCAUUCCAGAUAAGACCACAGAGACUCAUGGCGGCCAUGUACAAGUGUGAUAUUCAGGCAACUGCUGAUGUGCUCGGGCGUAUGUAUGGGGUCGUCUCAAGGAGACAUGGCAACAUACAGCGUGAGGAGAUGCGAGAAGGUUCAGCCGUCUUUGACAUCACAGCGACCCUCCCCGUGGCAGAAAGCUUCGGUUUUGCUGAAGAGAUCCGCAAGAAGACCAGCGGAUCGGCCAGUCCCCAACUCUUCUUCAGUCAUUGGGAGGUUGUACCGAGCGAUCCCUUCUGGGAGCCCUCAACCGAGGAGGAGCUCCUCCAUUUUGGCGACAAAGCUGAUUAUGAAAAUCAAUCCAGGAAGUACAUGAAUGGCGUCCGACGUCGGAAGGGGCUGUACGUCGAGAAGAAAACGGUUGAACACGCCGAGAAGCAGAGAACUCUGACAAGAAACAAGUAGUGAAUCUUUACCUUUAUUGAUCGUGAAUUAUUUUAAAGAGAAAGCAGAUUAUGAAACCCAUCGACAUGGAUGAAAGCCAUUUGACAACGUGAGGGGGCUUGAAGAUAUUAUAGUAAUGUGUACACUGUAAGUGAUGAACAAUAUUACAGGGUAGUUUCUAUAGAUAGGGUCAUAGUCAAUUAAAGACUCUAAAAACUUAAAGGGACACGUUGUGGGAUCGGAUGUGUGGAUGGAUUCAACAUUCUUGUGAAAAGAGAGUGACAGUUUUGUCCUCCUUUAUCAGCAAGUAGACACAUGUUCAGUUGAAAUAUUAACAUGCAACUUUUAUUGUAUUUUUCUAUAUAGGAUCAAUAAGCAUUACGUUGCAAAAUCAACAACGAUGACCCUACCUUUAAGAUGUUAUACUUGAUGGCAUGUGUUACAUUGUUUCUUCAAAUUGCAUUCUUUUCUUCUUCUUUUUUCUUUUUUGGGGUUGGAAAAUAACCAGAGUUUUAAACAAAAAUAAAGUUGAUAAUAAUAUAUGCAAUUAUAAAUAUUUGUAAGUAAUGUCUGUAGCUGUGCAUGGUGUUGAUAAUACAUGCAAUAAGAAGCUAUAAAUAAAACAAAAUAAUGCUAA